UUUCAAUUCCAUUUAAAUCUCUCUCUCUCUCCUCUCUCACUCUCUCUCUAUAAGAGUAACAGUACUCUGUCACUCUUCUCUGGUAUCAAUCAAUUUUAUAAUUCAACAAUGAACAUCACUUCAAUCUUCGUUCUCUCCCUCUUCGUAGUUCUAGUUCUUCCCACUACAGCUCUCGGGGACUGCACUUGCGACGCCGGAACGAUCAACGGUGGAAACAAGAGUCAAGCAUUCAGGUACAAAUUUGCGGCCAUAGCUUCGAUUCUCGUCGCCGGAGCGAUCGGAGUCUGUCUUCCGGUACUCGGCAGGUCCGUACCGGCGCUCCGUCCGGAAAAGGACGUGUUCUUCAUCAUCAAGGCGUUCGCCGCUGGUGUGAUUCUGGCCACCGGCUUCAUCCACGUCCUUCCCGACGCCUUCGACCACCUGACCUCGCCGUGUCUCACCGGAGAAGCUUGGCAGUUUCCUUUCACCGGUUUCGUGGCGAUGAUGGCGGCGAUCGUAACUCUGAUGAUUGAUACGUUUGCGACGUCGUAUUUUAAGGGGAAGGUCGAUGAUGAUGAUGGUCAUGCCAAGGCCGGAAGUACUACUGUCAAUGUUGAGGAUGGAGGUGGAGAUCACGGCGGCGGCGGCGCUCUUCAUGUUCACACUCACGCCACUCACGGCCAUGCUCAUGGAUCCGCCGCCGUGCUUUCGUCACACGACUCGGGUGUCGCUGAACUUAUUCGACACCGUGUCAUAUCUCAGGUUUUGGAAUUGGGAAUUGUGGUCCACUCGGUGAUUAUUGGAAUAUCAUUGGGUACUUCGGAAGAUGUGAAGACGAUAAAGGCUCUUGUGGCGGCUCUUACCUUCCAUCAAUUCUUUGAGGGCAUGGGUCUCGGUGGAUGCAUUGCUCAGGUAUUACUAUGCGUAUCUCUUAUAUUAUUUAUUAUUUAAUUCUUUUAUCAUUUU